ACAGUCUUCCUACAAGAGUUCUACUCGAAGGAAUUACCAUCACAGAUGUCAUCGAGAGAGGUCAAGUGGAGUUUCUCAAAUUCUGAGGGUAUAAAAGAGGAAGAGGAAUGCUCCAUCAGUACAGACUGGAGACAUGCUGAAGUACAUCCUGUUGAGUGCUCUUGCAAUCUUGGUUCUGACUGAGGACCUGGUGUUCCAGCCCAGAUACCUGGAAGAUGUACCUCAGACCAGAGUUGUAGGUGGUGAGGUCGCCAAGCCCCACUCCUGGCCCUGGCAGGUCUCUCUCCAGGUCCAGUCUGGACGCACCUUCUUCCACACUUGUGGAGGUUCUCUGAUCAGGAAAGGAUGGGUCGUGACAGCCGCCCACUGUGUGGACAGUCCGGGGACUCGUCGUCUGGUUCUUGGAGCGCACAACCUGGACAGGAAAAACGGUUUGGAGCAGAUCAUGCCUGUCAGCAGGGUCAUCAUCCAUCCUCAAUGGAACAGAGAACAUAUCAGUGCUGGGUUUGACAUCGCCCUGAUUCCUCUGUCCACUGCUGCCACCCUGAACUCUGCUGUCCAGCUGGCUGUUCUCCCUCCCUCUGGUCAGAUCCUGCCCAACAACAACCCCUGUUACAUCACUGGAUGGGGACGCACCUCCACUAACGGUCCUCCAUCCAAAAUCCUGAAGCAGGCUAGGCUGCCCAGCGUGAACUUCCAGACCUGCUCCAGACCUGACUGGUGGGGAUCUACUGUUAAACCCACCAUGAUCUGUGCUGGGGGUGGAAGAUCCAACUCCGGUUGCUUUGGUGACUCUGGCGGCCCCCUGAACUGCCAGGUGGGGGGGAGGUACUACGUCCAUGGGGUGACCAGCUUUGUUCUCCGUGAUGGAUGCAACACCUUCCAGAAGCCCACUGUCUUCACCCGUGUGUCUGCCUACAUUGGCUGGAUAAACAACAUUGCCCGUUAAAAAGGAACGUGGUCUUUGAAACAGAGUACUCAAGACAAUGUCUAGUGUUCAAUAUUCAAUAAAGUAUCAAAUUUGCAGCAU